CGCCGGCUCGGCGGGGCCGGCACUGAGCGGGCGGCGGGUGCCGCCGCCAUGAAGAGCCCCCGGGAGGCCGGGGGGGCCGCCGCCAGUUGACUGCAUCCAGCUGAAAGUGCCAGUGAUUCAGCAGCUGUACCACUGGGACUGUGGGCUGGCCUGCUCCAGGAUGGUGCUUCAAGGAACAUGAGCUUAGGUGCAGGAGAAAUACCUAUUUAGAUGUCCACUUAGUAGAUAUGAAGCAGAAGAUUUUCAUUUCUCUCCAUCCCUUCUGCCAAGACGUUAGUCCGUGUGCUGGUACCUGAAUCACUUGGACAAUGACGAGUUUCAGAAAGCCAUCCAGGAACUCCAGUUAACAAAGAGUAUCUGGACUAUUGACCUGGCCUACCUAAUGCGGCACUUUGGUGUUAAGCAUAAAUUUUGCACCCAGACACUUGGAGUGGACAAGGGCUACAAAAAUCAGUCAUUCUACAGGAAGCACUUUGACACAGAGGAGAAUCGAGUGAAUCAGCUCUUUGCACAGGCCAAAGACUGCAAGGUGCUGGUGGAGAAGUGCACAGUAACUAUUCAAGACAUCCAGAACCACCUGUCCCAGGGUCACGUAGCCAUCGUCCUAGUGAAUGCAGUCCUGCUGCUGUGUGAUCUUUGCUCAAGUCCUGUCAAAUAUUGCUGCUUCCUCCCCAUCGGACAGAAGUGCUUCUGCAGGAGCCCUGACUACCAGGGCCAUUUCAUUGUGUUAUGUGGCUACAACAAAGCCUCAGGGAGUAUUUACUACAACAACCCUGCCUAUGCUGACCGAACAUGCUGCACCAGCAUCACUAACUUCGAGGAAGCCAGGACAAGUUAUGGCACUGAUGAAGAUAUUCUGUUCAUCUACACAGACAGCUGACACCCACAGUGGAUACUCCUGCUCCUUCCUGCUCAGCCUGCAUGGCAGCUGGCUGCUCGUCUCAGGACUCCCCUGCACAGACCUCGCUCCUGAACUGCAGUGGGACCUCAAACAAGGGAGGCUUUAUGGACAUUGACAGGACUCUAUUGCAAUGCUGUCUUUACUUUUUUUUUUUUUUUUCCCUGACCAUGUAUCUGAUUUUGCAAUGUAUGUCUCUGGUUUUUUGUUUGGUUUCUUUUUUUUUUUUUUUUUUUUUUUUUUUUUAAUUUUCAACAUUGCACAUUUCACAGCAGUUCUAAAAUACAGGCUCAGAGCCUGUUCACUUUCAGCUUAUUUUCAAAUGAAACACAUAAGAAAAAAGCACCAAAUUUAUGAACUUUAACACUUGGUAAUACAUGCACAGGUUUAGGUAAACAAAGAAAAAAAGUAGAAAAUACCUGUUUCUCUCUGUCGAAGCAUCAAGAGCUGAUCUUCAUCCUAAAUCCAGGGAUCUGAAGUUCAGCAGGGUAUUACAGAAGGAAAAACAUUAACUUAAACCACCUUUAAAUAACAAAAAAAUGCCUUUCUAGCUCAUCAGUAUUGUCUGCAUUGUAGGAAUGAAAAACAUUUACUCAAGGAAACUUCCCAUGUACCAAAUUCACCUUAUAUACAAAUUUGGCAUUUUGCAACAGCGUUAAAUUUUGAGUUGUAGUUAGUGGCAUUGUCCCCUUGCACUACAAACUCAAUCUCUUUUGGCUAAAUCCUCUUGGUGACUGCUUAGAGCUCCCAAAAUUUAAGUGAAGACAUUAUUUCCACCUCGAAGUCUUUACUGCUCUCUGCAAAAAAACCUCUGAAUGUUACGCCACGCACACGUGCCAGUUUCUGCAGAAUCCAUUCUAAACUUAUUAAGCAAAUACAGAAAAAGAUCAAUCAUGCUAAUAGUAUAUAUUUGGUGUGUAAAGUGUAAAUAUCUGACAGCAUCUACUGCAUUGUAACUAAAAUGUUGAACCAUAGAGCCAAAUUUUGCUAUUGGUAUUAGUUCAGUGACCUUCUAAGACGAGCUAAAAAUCAAUUAAUAAAAGAGGAAAUACAAACAUCUCUGCUACAAGUAAGAGGCAGGAACUCAGAUUUUUCUGGCUCUUAUACUACAACUGUAUUUGGAUGAAGCUGGAGUUACUAUAUUCAGACAUUAAGUGAACUUAGUAAAUUACUUUGCUGAGGAGCACUCUGAAGUGUAAGAAAUAGCCACCUAUUUCAGCUUCAUCCAUCACAGUUUCCUACAAGUCUCACCUUCAGUCCUGCCUCAUGUGGAAGUGGGUAGGAAAAUAAGCUGAUGUAAAACUAGGAAAAUUUUAGUUUGCACUUAAGACAGAGAUCCCACACCUUUGGCAUGGUUUUAGGAAAAAAACUGUUCAAGUUCUGGAACUGCGUGGGAUAACAGCAAAAGGACAUUAUUAUUUAGUGGUGGAUAUAAUAAAUAGGAAUCUACUUUCAGCAUGCUAAAAAGCCUUCUAAGAUAAACAUUUUAUCAGCUGUUGACUCACUGAAAAGUAUCUAUUAAGUGUUCACUAAGUACACUUUAAAUAAGAGUCAAGAGUGCUCCUUUGUACAAAGGCUAAAAAUAGUAACAGACAUCUAAAAUGUGGAAGCCUUUAAAAAGUUCCAAACGAAAAGUAUGUGACAAAUUUUCAGUGUGUCACAUUUUGCUUAUCACUGGUGAAGUUGAAAUAUAUUCUGGCCCUGAUCCUUGCAAAACCAGUAAAAGGCAGGAUGUGAUUUGCACAGAACCAGUACAUUGGUAUCACCAGCAGAAUCCCUCCAGGAAAAAGGUACAAAACCUACUGCAGGUAAUGCCUUUCAACUCCCCCAAAGCAGGUCAUCAGAAGGCUCCUGAUCUGGGAAUUUUUAUGUCCAGGUCCAAAAUCAUGAUGUUUGAUUUGGAGAGAUUGUAUUAGCUCUGUUAAUAAUUAACAGGUAUGUAAACUACAGGCUGUUAAGAGUACUUCCUUAACCCAUGCAUUUUCAGGUAGGUAGUUCAUUCAAUACCAUCAGACUGCCACGGGAUUUAUCUUAGAGCAGGCUUGGUUAGUUAAAUAAAAACAAUUGUUACAAAAGGCUUGUAAAUUGACAUUUAGCAUCUUACUGGUUCAGUUAAUAAAAGUGACUCUUGAGCUUAUAGAUAAAACAUGAACUUAAGGGCAAGCUGAGUGUUCUGAAGUGCACAGACAGGUGUAGCAGCAUUGACUGGUGUUUGGCACCCAGGGUUUAAAUGCUUCAACAGAAGUGAAAGACAAACAAAGCUGCCUAAGUUAGUGCAGAAAAAAGGAGAGCUCCACUCUUCCAACAGGAUCUCACACAGCUGCCAAAUGGAAGACAGCUAGGAGAGAUGAAAACACGAGGAAGAAGCAAAAGCCAAGUGAAAAGACUGUCAUUUGUGUCAUUUAUAUGACACAAAUUCAGAGGAAAAAGCAGCUCACUGCACAAACAUUCAACUUGGUUUCCCAUUACAAGACUGUCUAUCAAAACACCCAUUCUGAAAAUGUUCUGUUGCUUUGUUUCUGUCAGGAUGUCAAUAGCAAAGGAAGGGGAUUUUACAUGCAGGGAUUUUAUACAUAAAUAUAUUUUUAUUUGUAAUUAAGCCAUUCUCAAUAAAGGUUUAAACUCACAGAUAACCCUGUAACAUAAUGUAGCAAGUGCCUUUAUUAACCAACUUACUAGGAAAAAUGUUGGAAAAUCUUUAGAGGACGUGUUAUGGAUUUAACUGGAAAUGGCACAGCUGAAACUGUCCUAAAAUAAACAAAAAUAAGAAUUUAAAUAUUUAUUACAGCUAUAAAUUCAUAGUUGCAGGGCUGUGAACUGUAUUCAGUCUGCACUGCCUGAGCACCUGCUGCAUCACCUGAAUCAUACAAAGCAAAAUUUCAGAACACAUAUGUUGAGAAUAGCAAAUGUACCAUUAUUACCUGUAUUCCACAGCUCUUCUGUGUACUCCACAACCACUGAGUGUCCUGUUGGAGUGCAGCCCCAGGGAAGGAGUUUUCCUUACCCAUCCUGAUCCUCAAUAGCAGCUCCAUGGCUUUCUGUUCACAGGGAAAACUAUGCAACUGCCCCAGCCUGGGUCUGUAUUUCUGCCUCCCAGCAUGUCAGAGCUUUGGAAAUACUGAAAGCACCCAUCUCAGAAUGACUUCUGCACCUCGAAGGAGCCCAUCAAAGACACCAGUCCAGCUAUGGUUGUGGUGUAAAGGGAAACAGAACCCAGGGGGUCCUGAUCUUCAAACAACUAGGACAAGUCUGGGACAUUACUCAGCUCUGACAGAACUGCAUCAAAUAGUUUGUAGUUAGGGGA